AUGCAAUUUCCCUGCUGGUAGUUGUUGGCUUUCGUUUCAGCAAUGAACCGUUGACUUGACCAAAUAUGUUUUCGAGUGGAUCAUCAAGUUAAUUUCACUCUCCAGUUUAACUGGACUGAAGAUCUCAAUCUAGAAAUUAAAGAAUUGAUCCUGCUCUCCUAAACAUAUGAAAUACUUAUAUGAUGCAGGAGGGUGAGGAGGUUUAGGUUGGUGACUUAUUGAUAUAUUCUGUUUGUUAAAAGCCCAUAAGUUAAAAAGGAUCAAUGGAGUCUUUAGUUGAGAAUCGUUUGUAUGGAGAUGUGCUGCACUUGAACAAUCACAAAAUCUCUACCUUGACCCCAGAGCUUCAGUUUCCCCCCUUCUUGGCAAAGUCGAUUUUGCAAGAGAAAAAUAGUUUGACAAUUCGACCUCCAUCUGUAUUUCAGCAUACGAUAGUCGGUCCAGUCCUUCGGUUACUAGAUUUAUCUCAUACAUGCAUACAAUCUUUGCCUCCAUCCAUUUCCAGGCUACGCUCUCUUGAAAGGUUUAUCUUGCGAGACUGUUCACUUUUGAUAGAAUUACCACCUGAAGUUGGAGCACUUAAGAAUCUCAAGUUGUUUGAUCUUGAAGGAACUGAGAUCAUGUAUCUACCAAAAGAAAUUGGCAAAUUAGAGACUUUGGAACGUCUAAGGGUCUCUUUGUCUGCAUAUGCAGAUGACCAUAAAGACCGACAUGGCAUACAGCACAUAAUCCCAAGGAUGACAAUCUUAAAGUUAACGAAGCUGAAGGAGUUAAGUAUCAGUGUGAGUCCAGAAGCUGAAUGGUGGGAGGUAGAACUUUUGGAAGCCAUUAUGGGAGAUCUUUGUUUCUUACCAGACCUUAAAACUCUGAAGCUCUACUUACCAACUGCUAAAGCAUUGCAGCAAUUCUUAAGGCUAGAAAGGUAUAAGGUACCGAUAUAUUCAAGUUUAUGGAAUUAUAGAUUCAUGACCGGUCAUUGUGAAGAGCUCCCAUUUUCUGUGCAACUUGAUACUGAAGAAAACUUCUUGAAACUGGAGAAAUGUGUGAAAUAUAUGAAUGGUGAGGGAAACACCGAUGAAAUUGCGGAGUUAAUUAGAGAUGCUAGAGCUUUAUACUUGCGCCGUCAUUGGACUAUUAAGAAGCUCUCAGUGUUUGACAUAAGGAAGCUUAAAUACUGUUUGUUAAUGGAGUGUAAUGAGAUGCAAACUCUGGUCGAUCAAGAGGAUUUUUAUGGAGACAAAAAUAAAUCUACAAGCCAUAAUGAAGAUGUUAAAAUACUUGGAUCACUGCAAUACUUGAGCAUUAAUUUCAUGAAGAAGCUACAAAGGAUUUCAAAGGGUCGAAUUGGCAUAACCAGUCUAUCAUGUUUAACUAUUCUAGCUCUGCAUACAUGCCCGGAGCUCACUAGCAUUUUAACUGAAUGCUUGCUUGAUAAUCUGCAAAGUUUGACUGAAAUUAUAGUUGAAGACUGCCCCAAGGUCAACUGUCUUGUAAAUUUGGAGGAGGGUGCCCCUCGGAGUAAUGGUCCAUUUCUCCCAAACUUAAGGAGGAUAUCCCUUAUAGACUUACCUGAGCUAGUGAGUGUUUCUGGUGGUGUCUGCAUUGCACCACGAUUAAAUACUUUACUUGUUUUUAAUUGCAUGAAACUCGACUAUCUUUCCGACAUGGAAAUACCUAGAGAUACGAUGGCAAUUAAGGGGGAGAUUGAAUGGUGGGAUGCAUUAAAGUAUGGAAAACUAACAUGGGAGAGUGUCUUUGUACAACUCAAAAGAGAUGGGAGUUUGAUGGAUCAAUUAGCAGAAGAGACAAACUCACUCCAACACUUUCUCGAGCUUCAGAUUGUUCCUUCAGUUCCUGGUCAAGUAAAUCAAAACUUGUCAACGGAUACCAAGGAAGACAGGGAAUGUGUCGAAAAGCUUCAGAUUGAUCACAAUGUGGACUUGUUUAAUGAAACCCGAAAAUCGUCACCUUCUUAUGAUUGUUACAUCCAGAGAAAGCCUUUUCAAAAUGAAAGUCUUGAUUCAAGUUUGCCGAGAAAGCGUCGUGGUUGUUAUAAGCGCAAAACAGAAGUCAGCACAAGAAUAGUGGUUCGGGAGACUUAUGCUGAUGUCUAUCAUUGGAGAAAGUAUGGUCAAAAGGAAAUUCUUGGUAGCAAAUACCAGAGAGAAUAUUAUAGAUGUAGCUUCAAGCAUACACGUGGUUGUCGUGCUCUAAAGCAGGUUCAAAGAACUACUGAGCAUCCACCUGUCUUUGAAGUCUGUUACAUCGGAGAGCACACCUGCCAUACAGAUUUACUUAGCAGUUGUUCCUCAAUUACAACUGAGUCAGCUUCUAUAAAUACUGAUAGUUAUUUUGAAAUUGCAAAAAGGCCCCAAUUGGUGGACGUUAACAAAAUAAAGAGUAUCAUCACUCGAGAUGCUAAGGGGAUCCAACAACUAAAAGUUAGACCCAGUGAUUCGUCAACCGCAAACGAGUCAGCUUCUGUAAUCACAGAUGGUCAUUUUGAACUUGCACAAAGGCCUCAAAUGUUAGAAUCUAACAAGUCAUUCUUGAUUCCAAUGUACAGCAGUUCUAGUAUCACCACUUCGAAGUCCCAACUGAAAAUAAAGGUUAAAGGAACAACUGAGGAUGGCUAUAGCUGGCGGAAAUAUGGUGAAAAGAACAUUCUUGAUUCCAAAUACCCGAGAGAAUAUUAUAGAUGUAGCUACAAGGUUGAAAGUGGUUGUCGUGCUCAAAAGCAGGUUCAAAGAUCUACUGAGGACCCAUUUGUCUUUGAGAUCUUAUACAGGGAAGUGCACACCUGCCGUACAGAUUUACUUAGCAGUUGUUCCUCAAUUACAACUGAUUCGUCUUAUCCUACAUUUGGGGAAAUUCUUGAUGAGCCAAAUGCACAUAAAGAUUUAUAUGAAGGGUUUUCACAUGCAGGUUCUACGUGUGGCAAAACUCCUGCUGAGCCAGAUGCAUAUCAAGAUGAAUAUGAAUGUGAAUAUAAAGAUUUAUAUGAAGGGUUUUCAUAUGCAGGUUCUACAUGUGGCAAAAGUCCUGCUGAGCCAGAUACAUUUCAAGAUGAAUAUGAAUAUGAAUGCUUUCCAUAUGUUAUUGGCAUCUGAAGAACGAAUCAUCUAAAAAACCUGCUUCACAAGCAUAGUUUGUGUGAUAGUGAAUAAACAUCUGUGUGUGAUUAUACCAGCUCUCUGUUUCUGUAACUGUCAUCAUAAGCAUGAUACUAGGAUGACUAUAAGUUCAACUUUAGUUGGAUUCCUUAAAACAACAUUCGUGUGUUUGUCUCAUAAAAUUUAUGCUGUUAUCAUUGACAUGUGUUCUCUUAAUUUUUGUUCCUGGUGUUCAAAGAUAUUACAUUUUUA